GCCAUCGCUGACAGUUGACACUUCUUGGUUGUUUUGUUUUAAAUUUUACCGGACUUUCAUACGAAACUUUGCUUAUAAAAUAAUUAUAUAGUUAAAAUAAUUCAUUUAAAAUGAUUAAAAUUACACCGUGGACUGGUGGUAUAGAGGAGGAGUAUGAAACGCAACAUUUUGGUUUCGGAGCCCAAAGGCUUAAAAUAUCUGUACGCCAAAUGGUUGAACAAAAAAUUCAAACUGGUGUAAAAGAUAUGGAAUCAUAUCUUCAAGAAUCAUUGGAUUUAAAUGACAAAGAUAAAAUGACACUAACCCAUUCAUGUGAUAAGCUUAUUCACUUGUACUGUGAGAGGGCUGGACCAUCUCUGGAUAUAAUCGAUGAGGAAAUCGAACGGAUAGUUAAAAUACCUCAUAAUGUAUUGCUACCUGAAGAUGAAGUACAAUUAGAGGAAAUAUCUGAUGAAGACUAUGAAAAGUUACGUGAAGAGGUCGUUUCUUUAAGGAGAAGAGUCGAAAGAGGCGCUUUAAUGGAAGCAUUAUUGACUGCUGAAGAAGAGGAACUGUCAUCAGUUGAAAAGGUAUGCGAAAUAGCUAAGAAGGACAUGGAAGUAUUAGAUUUGUUGCAAAAAAAUUUAGAAAGUAGCGACAGUGUGAAAUCUAUUCAAAGUGAAGUACAGUUUCUUUGUGCUAGUGUACCUUUUAUAAAUAAAAAUGAACAGCUCGAUAUAUUUGAUGAAUAGCAUCAUGUCACAACACACUUAGUCUUUAUUUUAAUAAGUAAAAAUCAGCAUUACAUAUAACUCACUAGUUAAGAUGAACGACUAAAUAAUAAUCAAUAAAUAAUAAAUAUUGGACAACAUUAUAUACUCUGAUCCCAAUGUAAGUAGCUAAAGCACUUGGAAAAUCGGAAGUAAUGACGGUACCACAUAAACCCAGAUCCAAAACAACAUAGGAAACGAAUGAACUUUUUCUACAUAGACUUGGCCGGGAAUCGAACCCAGGACUUCGGAGUGGCAUACCCAUGAAAACCGGUGUACAUACUACUCAACCACAGAUGUCUUCAAUUCGUCGUUUAUUCUGUCCAAAUGCUAUGGGCUAGUACGUAUGCUUCUUUGCAUUUCCUCUGAUUAAGCCGUUUCUGUAUAAUGAUCAUUCCAUAUAGCACACAAAAUAAAUUGUAAAUACAAGUUUAUAAAACUCGCCAUUCGUUAACUGUAUCUUUUAAUACGAUUCCAAGAGAAUAUGUUAAGAUAACUUUAAAUAGACUAUUUUAUAAUUAUGACGAACAGGUUUUUUGUGGUUUUCAUUAUGAUAAAAUAAUUCACAGUACAU